AUGGGGAAUCCAGUGACACCGAGCAAUGAUGCUCAAAUCGCUCCGCUGCAUCGACUCUCAUUUCGGAUGAGCAUUCUUCUCAAGUUGGCGCAGGUGUCCGAUGUACUAGCUCUACUCCAACCAAUCCGGAGACUACAAGACCUUCACCUCAAUCUCCACCGGUUCCCACUGAAAACAAAGCAUUACCUAAGACUAUUGGAAUUGGAGCAAGAGUGGAAUGGAAGAAAGCUGUCCUUAUCUUCUCCUCCAACCGUCCUAUGUCUUGGGGAGCUCUACGAGCAUCUUGAUGACAAGAUGGAGGACCUGCAUCUAGGUGAGGAUGGUGGUUUCGUUGUUAGUGAUGAUGACAUCAUCUGA